CUCGGAAUGCGCUCGGGGCGCAAACAGUGACAGCUGUACGGCAGUGACGAACUGACGGACGGCGUGUUGUGUUUUUAACAAUAACUGCAUUUUUGUUUUAAACGCCAGGUCAAGAACAUAUUUAAAAUGACAAGUAGAAAAUAUUGUGCCGUGUUUGGUUGUAUGAAUUCGACAAUAACGAAUCGAGACUUAAGCUUUUUUAAAUUACCGAAAACCUCGGAAAGACGUCUUCAAUGGUUGCAACUAAUCCGUCGAGAUGAUUUGAAAAACAAACAGAAGUUUUCCUCAUACCAUGUUUGUGAAAAACAUUUCAAUUCGGAGGAUUUCCUGCAUUCAUCAAACAGAAAAGUUUUAAAAAGGAAUACCCUACCAAUGUUGCUGCUGCCAAACUUAGCCAGUACCGAUUCAGAAGUCUCAGCCUCUCUAAGAGAAGACAAACAAACCCAAACUGCUUCGUUGUCAGCAAUGGAAAAUUGCACACAGACUGAAAAUACUACAAAAGUAGUCUCUUCUCAAACCUCAAAGAGUCUCUUUAGCAACACUCCAAGAGAAAGAAAAUUAAAAGCUGAACUCAUCCAAUGCAAAAAGAAAUUAAAAUUACACGAAACUAAAACAAAAAAAGCUGAAGAAAAUACUUUUCAUCGACUUUGCGAUAAAUUUUUAACUGACAAACUAGCUCUCCUCAUAAAAGCCCAAAGUCAACUAAAACAACAUGGUAAAGGAAAUCGAUAUGAUAACGACUACAUUAAUUACUGUUCAAAUUUAUAUUCCAUCAGCCCGAAAGCAUACGAGUUUUUGCAAAGUACGUUAUGUUUACCCUGUCCUUCAACUUUGUACAAACAUUCUGUUCCAAUUAAAUCCGAAAUCAAUGAAAGUACUAUGUCUCAUAUUAAAUCAGAAGUUGAACAAAUGGCAGAAGCAGAAAAUGAAAAUGUUAAUACUUAAAAUUAGUGUAUUGUGGAUUCAUGUGGGUGUCUUUACGUACUGUAUUUUUUACGAGUAAAACUCUUUAAAACUGAUUUAUGAUCGAAUUUUGUACAUUAAAAUAAAUAAUUAUGAAUAUUACAUAGAUGAUAAUAAUAUAUUUCUCAUUUUAAACAAUUGUAGGUUACCUAUUCAUUGGUAGUAGGUAAGUAUAAUACUAUCUGUGUAUUGUAUCUAGUUUGAAGUUACUUAAAUAGUCAAUAUUCAAUAACCCCAAAAAAAACUUUUUAAUACUUUAUAAGUACAGGCUUGGUCAUGCGUUCAGUAUCAAAGUCAUAAAAAAAGAACGCGAUAAUUUGGCGGGCUGAAUUCAGUGAAAUCCAAAGCUUGUUUGAGCUAAAAUAUAUGUUGAUGGUGAAAUCGGGUUGUUGUGAACCUAAUAGUAUAUAAACACUUCGUUCUAGACAUUCUAAAGAAGACAAUCAAACCCAAUUGUUCCGUUGUUAGGAACGGAAAUUUUACACAGACUGAAAACGCUAUGAAUGUAGUAUUUACUUAAACUUCAAAGAGUCUCUUUAGCAACACUCCAAGAAUAAGAAAAUUUUAAACUAAAAUGCUCCAAUGCAGAAAGAAAAUAAAA